AUGAAUGUUAGAGUUGCCCCCACUGAGGUGAAUCCAAAUGUUCAUGUAAUGAACAGCCAGGGUAUGUGGCUGACAUAUGCAUUAGGAGUUGGCUUGCUUCAUAUUGUCUUACUCAGCAUUCCUUUCUUCAGUGUUCCUGUUGCUUGGACCUUAACAAAUAUUAUACAUAAUCUGGGGAUGUAUGUAUUUUUCCAUGCAGUGAAAGGAACACCUUUUGAAAUUCCUGACCAGGGUAAAGCAAGACUUCUAACUCAUUGGGAACAACUGGACUAUGGAGUAUAGUUUACAUCUUCAAGGAAGUUUUUCACAAUUUCUCCAAUAAUUCUAUAUUUUCUGGCAAGUUUCUAUACAAAGUAUGAUCCAACUCACUUCAUCCGAAACACAGCUUCUCUCCUGAGUGUGCUCAUUCCCCAAAUGCCACAACUACAUGGUGUUUGGAUCUUUGGAAUUAAUAAGUAGUGAAAUAUUUUAAAACUGAACAAAAAUUUUUACAGCUACUGAGUUUCCUGUAGGGAAGGAGUAGCUAGUAAACUGCACUGUUUCUGUGAUAAUGUGAAAUGAGAGGUAUUUGCAUUGGAGGACCAAUUGCUGGUUUUUCAUAUGCUGCCUUGAAGUGAGGUUUCUAAAAAAUGCCUCUGU